UCGUCAUUGCAGACUGCAUUUAAGAGUAACGAUUCGAUCUAAAUUAUUGUCCCGUGCGUGUGCGAACUCCCCAACGAUGUCCUUGGCAUGAAAUCUAUUUUGCAUGCGGUGUGUUUUGUGGAAACUGUGUGACGAAACAUGUUUUGUCAGCUCUAACGGAAAGAAAGAAAGUCGUGUUCGGCGGGUAUAAAUCACGGUUGAAUACCCGUGUUGUUCUCACGAGCUUCCGAGGGGUUUGUCAUGAUCGUAUUGGAGCCCGUUCAGGCUGCAGUAUGGAACUGCCUGCAGAACUUCAUGUACUCGGACGCCGUUUUCCUAGCGGAAAGACUCCACGCAGAACUGACCACUGAAGAAUCUGCGCAUACAUUGGCCACUUGUUAUUACAAAGCGGGUGAUACUCUUCAAGCCUACGAUGUAUUGAGUAAAUGUCCUGUGUCGAAGCCGGCGAGCAAGUAUCUUUUGGCUCGAUGUUGUUGGAAAAUCAAUCGGCUACAAGAAGCAGAGGCGGCAUUGGUAGGAAGUCAGGGUUUGAAGGGCUUCGACGAACUCGUGGCGGAAUUCGGUGAUAUGAGCUGUUUCGUGCUUGCGAUGCUCGGAGAGCUUUACGUGAAAAGCGAGCGAAGAAAUCUUGGUGUUCAGGCCCUGCGGAAAGCCCUGAGUCUCAAUCCAUUCCUUUUCUCCACGUUUCAACUCUUGUGCAACCUGGGCGAGAGUCCGAAUCCCAAAGAGUUUUUCAGGUUUGAUUCAACCGAUUCGACUCACAAUUUGGGCACGAGUUGUUGGCAAAACUUCGCGCACUCGAAGCUCACGCUCAACCAAAGCAUCGCCGUGCAUCCGCAUCAUCAAGUCACGCACGUGUUUCCCGAAGAUCAUUCUACACCUGCUCAUCCUGUAUCGUAA